AUGGCUGUGGUAGUGGACGGCGGGGGUGCCAACUUGAGAUUUGGAUUUGCUAGUGAGGACCAGCCGAGCGGGGUGGUGCCCAACCAGGUCGUGCGACCAAAGCGAGACCGGCGCACCUACGUCGCCGAUGAGAUUGACCAGUGUCGCGACAUCUCGGGCCUCUACCUGCGGCGUCCCUUCGAGAAGGGCUACCUGGUGGACUUUGAGCUGCAGAAGGAGAUAUGGGACCGCGCCUUUGGCAAGCACUACCUCAAGAUUCAGCCGAAGGACCACGACCUGGUGCUCACACAGCCGCUGUUCACCCCUCUGGCCCUGCAAGAGGCCACGCUCGAGCUGGUGUUCGAGGAGUACGGAUUCAAGUCGCUGUUCUGCUGCUCUCCUGCCACGGCGGUCAUGCACUACUACCAAAAGCAACCCGAAUCGAUGCACAUGUUGGGCAAGUGUCCGCCUUUGCCCGCCGAUGCCCCAUCGGCCGCCGUGGUAGUCGACAGUGGCUACUCGUUCACGCACGUGGUGCCCUUCUUCGAGGGCGAGCGACUGCACAACGCCGUCAAGAGGAUCAACGUGGGCGGCAAGGUGCUCACCAACCACCUCAAGGAGAUCAUCUCCUUCCGUACAUGGAACAUGAUGGAGGAGACCUUUUUGGUCAACAUCGUGAAGGAGAAGAUGUGCUACGUGUCGCUCGACUUCAUCGAAGACAUGCAUGAGACCAAGCGACCCAACAACCGAAUCGUGCAGAAGUAUCUGCUGCCCGACUACACCACCACCGACCGCGGCCACGUAUUGAGCGAGGACGAGGCGAACCAGCGACAGGCCGCGCGCAAGACGGAGAGCGCUGCCGCGACGGCCGAGAAGGACCAGAUGGUGUUGGACGAGCAGGUGCUGGUGAUGAACAACGAGCGGAUAGCCGUCCCCGAGAUCCUGUUCCACCCCUCCGACAUCGGGGUGCCCCAGGCUGGCGUGGCGGAGACGAUCGCCCAGUCGAUCGCGUGCGCACCGCGCGAGCUGCAGUCGUGGCUCUACGCCAACAUCAUGCUCACCGGGGGCAACACCCUCUUCCCCAACUACCCCCAGCGACUAUACACGGAACUGCGCAAGCUGGCGCCCACCGACUACCCGGUCCGCGUGUUCUACCCCAAAGACCCUAUCAGUGCGGCAUGGCGUGGCGCUGCGUUGAUGGCCCAGGAUCCGCUGGUCGGCGAGCAGCACAGGAUUACAAAAGAACAGUACAAGGAGAUGGGCUCCCCAGCGAGCGCACGCCACUUCCAACGCUGGUGA